AUGACGAUGAACAUGCAAGGAAAAAAGAAAAAGGUUUUGAUGUUCCCAUGUUCGAUCAAGCAACCGUUAGCAAACGAACAUGGUUCACCCGCAGUUCAGUUCAUAGAGCUUCACCUCCGGAAACUACCGGCUCUACCACCACACCUUCACACCACCAAUGGUCUCCCUCUUCAUCUUAUGCCCCCUCUUAAAAAAGCUUUCGACAAGGCAAAGCCUAAGUUUUCAACAAUCUUGAAAAAGUUACAACCCGAUUUGCUCAUUUACGAUCUUAUUCAACACUGGGCUCCGUUGGCGGCUUCUAAACUUGAAAUCCCUUCGGUUGUGUUCAUCACCACAAGUGUUACCAUGGCUUCCAACAUGUUUCAUCUUUACUUGAACAGCUCCACUGGCAUUCCAUUUCCAUUCUCGACGAUUUACUAUCGUUGCUAUGAGUCUGGUCACAUGUCUGAGAUUCUUGAAAGCUCCGCAAAUGGUCGUAAAGAUAAAGAUCGUGUAAUGGAGUGUGUCAAUCGGUCUUCAAGCAUCGUUCUUGUUAAAUCUUUCAAGGAGAUCGAAGGUAAGUACAGUGAUUACCUUUCUGUUCUUACUGGUAAAAAGAUUGUGCCUGUAGAAAUUGCAUAUGGUUUGGAAUUGAGCAAUGUGAAUUUCAUUUGGGUUUUCAGGUUUCCAAAAGUGGAAAGAAAACUUAGCGUUUCAGAAGCUUUUCCAUUAGGGUUUCUUGAAAGGGUUAAGGAUACGGGUUUAGUGAUAGAAGGGUGGGCUCCACAAGCAAAAAUAUUAGGGCACGAAAAUAUUGGUGGAUUUGUGAGUCGUUGUGGAUGGAGUUCGUCGAUGGAAGCUAUGAAAUUUGGUGUUCCAAUAAUAGCCAUGCCAAUGCACCUUGACCAGCCGGUUAAUGCUCGGUUGAUGGAGGAGGUUGGGAUUGGGAUGGAGGUGGUGAGGGACAAUGAUGGGCGGCUAAGGCGGGAGAAUAUGGCGGUAGUUGUCCGGCAAGUGGUCGUGAGUGAGUUGGGGAAGGCGGUGAGAGAAAAGGCCAAGAAAAUAAGUACCGACUUGAGGCUGAAAGGGGAGGAGGAGAUUGAUGCAGUGGCGGUGGAGCUACUGCAAUUAUGCCUCCUAAGUGGUGGUCGUGGGAGGAGAUUUGCAAGAGGAAAAGGCUACCCUCUUUUGUGUUAG